AUGCCGCUCGGCCUGCUGACAGAGGCGGAGGUGCAGCAGCCGCCACCGGAGUUCUUCUCUCUCCGUCAAGACGCAGCACCCCAAGCGGGGGGAAGGAAGGGAGGGGCCUUUAUUAAGGCUUCUGCUGCUGCUGCUGCCUUCUUGCCUAGAGCAGCUGCAGCUGAUGAUGCCUUUGGGUCGGUGUGUCGCGACCCCCCAUGGUCCCCUCUGGCCUCUUCUAUGUCUCCAGCGGAGACUAGAGAGGAGACACUUGCUGCUGCUGCUGCAGCUGCUGCUGCAGCAGUAGAGGAGCGGCAGAAGGAGACUGCUGCUGCUGAGGGACAGAGUAACAGUGGCCUGCAGAGAGGGAGCGCAGUUGUUCCUGCGAAGCCUUCUGAAAUACAGCUGCACAGCGGGGAGUCCAGCAAGAACAGCAGCAGCAGCAGCAGCAGCAGCAACAGCAGUGACAGCAGCAGCAGCAGUGACAGCAUUAGCAAGAGGAGCAGCGGCAGAGGCAGCCGCUGCAGCAGCAGCAUGCGAAUAAGCAGCAACGUGAGCAGCAGGAGCGGAUGCAUCCCUAGCCGCAGCAGCAGCAGCGGGGGUUUAAGCUGCAGCUGGGAUAGCGGUGAGUCUGAAGGCGAAGGAGAUGGAGCUAACGAGACACACUGUGUUGGGGGGGCUCUAGGGGUUAGCAGCAGCGAAGUAACAUUUAAAGGCAUGCGAGCUGCUGCUGGAGAUGGCUUCUAUAAAACGAAGAUGUGCCACUUCUUUCAGAGAGGCCUCUGUAUAUACGGCCAUCGCUGCAGCUACGCUCAUGCACUCAGCGAGAUAAGACAGCCUUUAAACCUCCGCAAGACACGCCUUUGUGUCUCCUUUAAAAGGGGACAGUGUAAUGCAGCAGACUGCAAAUUCGCACACGGUCAGGAAGAACUAAGGCCUACCGCCAGUCUCUAUAAAACACAGCUCUGUCUUUUCUGGCUUGCAGGCAAAUGCGGCGCGGGGCGCAGCUGCCGCCACGCCCACGGCGAUGACGAGUUGCUGAAGAAGCCGCAGCAAUUGGGGGUUUCUUCUUCUUCUUCUUCUUUAGGUUUAGAGAGGGGGAACCCUCGCAAUAAACACCUUUACUUGGCUGCAAGAAGAAUCCAUAAGCCCUCAAUGACAACACAGGAAGAAACUUUCAACACAACUUCAACUGCAGAUUUGCUAGACAGCAGUUUGGGCUCCUCUGGCAGCACAGCACCCGACGGAGGAGGUAAUUCUGGGGAGCUUUUAAGCGUCAACAAGGCUGUUGCUUCUGCUGCUUCUGGUGCUGGUGUUGCUGCCUCUACCACUGGACUCGUGGCAAAAGAGGGAGAGGGUGCCGAGGAGGGAGGUGAUGAUGCAGAGGCAGCUGGGGUGUCUGUACACCCCAAGAGGACAGAGGCCUCUCAGCAGCAGCAGGAAAGAGUUGAAACAAAGACGGCCGCCAAUCGUCCUGCUCGCGAGAAGGGGAAAGAAGAAGCCCGUGGCGUCAGGCGGCGGCAGCAGCCGAAGCUGCAGCAGCAGCGUUAUACUCAGCAGCAACAGCAGCAGCAGGAUAAGAGGGAACACACCAAUGAGGAAGAGCUGGAACUGCAGCUCCAGCAUCAGUUGCACGGGCUCCCCACAGUCGCUGCUGCUGCUGCUGCUGCUGCUGCUGCGCUGCCCCCGUAUUCUGGGGACAGCAAAGUGAAACAGGAUUUAUCGUUUUCAGAUGCCUCCAAUUGCCUUCAGCAUUCUCCUCGUAGCGCUGCAGCAGCAGCAGCGGCUGCUGCUGCUGCAGCUGCUGCGGCAGCUUCACCUCUUGCAGGAGCUCAUGCGGCACAUGAGGACGUGCAGCUGUGGGGCGACGCCUGGGCAGCUUCGAGACCGCUGUGUUAUCCUACAGUAUCAAACUGGGGGUGGCAAGACUUUUGCUUCUCACCUGCUGCCGCUGCUGCUGCAGCAGCAGCAGCAGACCCGUUGUCUUUAAAGGCAUCCGCUUGUGGCUCAGCUGGUCCUCCAGGCCCUCAGGGUCUGGGGGCGGGCGUCGAUGUGGCUGAGGGAGGCCCCGGUGCUACUGCUGCUGCUGCUGCAGCGUUCACAGGGCCCUUGAAUAUGAUGCGGCUACCCUUAAGCUGGGCUGUACCAGGGGGCGCCGUUUUCUCAAGAGGUGGGGGAGAGAGGGAUCAGCAGUCUUUUGCGAACUGUGCGUCUCACGUUGGUUUGGUAUAUAGACAGUGCUGUCCUGCGGUGUAUCCGCAGCAGUCGUUGGCGUGCGGGUGGCUGGGCUGGCAUCAGCAAUUGGGGCUCGUGUACUUGUUACAAGGCGCGCAGCAGCAGCAGUUACUGGGGCCCGUAGCAGCAGCUGCGGGGGGUGACACGCACCCACUACACCAGCUGCAGCAGCUGCAGCAGAUGCAGCAGAUGCAGCAGAUGCAGCAUAUACAGCAGAUGCAGCAGCUGCAGCAACUGCAACAACUGCAACAGAUGCAGCAUCAAUUCCUCUUCGACUCGCAAGGAGGCAACGCUCUGGGCCCCAGCGAACCUCCUCCAGAAUUCACAGAUAUGUACAGCCAACACGUGGGAUUUUGA